AUGAAAAGAAAUAUUGAAAUUCGCUUUAUAAAUGCAAUCCAAAACGGGAAACUCGAUGAGGUAAAGUCAUUUUGGCUCAAGCCCUCAGAGAUUGACAAGCCUUUUUACAUCCAAAAACUUGUUAAAGUUGUAAAUAAAUCAAAAAUUUACCCAUUUAGCUAUAUUAGCGAACCAACACCUCUGAUUUUAGCAAUAUUAUGCGAGCAACCUGAAAUAUUGCAAUAUUUAAUUGAUACUUUUCAUCCAUCAUUUUCUUUGUCAAUAAAUGGCUGGUUACCAAUUCAUUACGCAGCUUGCACCGGAGAUUACAAGUGUUUGCAAGUUCUUUUGCAAUACGAAUCAAUACAAGAAAAUAUAGAUGUUGGAAUCAAAGUUUCUGGUUCUAAAUCAACAAAUACAGCCCUUCAUGUAGCUGUUUCCAACCAUUUGCAUGCGCAAACUCUCUUGCUUUCAUCUCCUUUGCCCGAUAUUAUUUUUGAUAAAAACAAUAAAAGACUUGAAACUCCAUUAAAAUCCCCUUACAAACCAGCUAAUCCACUUCUCCUUACAUCUACUGGAUGUUCGCCUCUUCAUCUCGCUGUCAAAUGCUCAGAUAUCGAUAUGAUCAAAAUUUUACUCCAUAUCAAGUCAGAUCUCUCUAUUAAGAACAACGAUGGAUUUACAGCACUCGAAAUGGCAAAAGAUUCUGGAGAUCAAGAAAUAAUCAAAUUAUUAGAAAUUGGAACAUGUGACGAAGAUUUGACCUCUAAUUACAUAAAGUCAGUCGAAAAACAAGAAGUUGACUCAAAUCCAAGCGAAGUUGUUGUCCAACAAACAGAAUCUGCACCAAAAGUUGAAGAAACAGCUUCUAGAGAAGAAGUUAAGAAGCUUAGUAACUCUGUCAACAAUGUGGCGAUGAUUGUUCAAGAAUUACAAAGAAGAGUUGAUGCAAUCGAAUCUGAGAACAAAAAGCCGGAAUUUGACGUUUGUUGCCUUUGUGGUAACAUUACAACAUCUCAUUGCAACAAAUGCAAUAACUGUAUUUGUGAAAAUUGCUUACAAAAUCACUCUUGUUAA